AUUCCAGCGACAAGCACCACAUUUAGACAGGUAGCAUCCUCAGGUGUUUUGUGAGAGCUUCUCGAUGUAUGCCACUCCACAUUCAUGUAGUCUUUCUGUUUAAAUAAUUAUAUCUGAGAAAAGUAAUUGCCCUUUGUUGGGUUUUAUUUAAUCAUUUCCCAACUCACUCUGCGCUACGUUGUACUGCGCUGCCCCUAGUGGUUCGGCGUAAGGUAACAGUGACUACGCUAGUUCCGUAACAGUAACUGCGCUAGUUCCGUUUACAUGACAAGUUUCCAGAUAGAGAAGCCGCUGGUUAUCCGCACACUGAUGGUGAAUAGCCGCUGCUGCGGUUUCGGGAGGAGGAACAGAAGCCGCGGAGGGAGAGCCAGCAGUGAGAGUGCAGCGGUACUUUGGAUUUCAAUUUGACAUUUUUUACAUCCAGACGUAUUGACAAAACCCCUGGAAAACCAGAACGGGAAGGUAAACUCAGAGAAGAAUGGCGGCCGCGGCCUCGCCGGGCUCCUGCUCGUCUAACCCGGACUGGGUUGUGCUGAGAGACGGGUGCCUUCGCUGCGACGAGGAGGGCCUGCGGAGCCUGUCGUACCACCCGGCCCUCAACGCCAUCCUGGCCGUCACAAGCCGGGGCAGCAUCAAAGUCAUCGAUGGCACUUCGGGGGCCAUACUGCAGGCCUCUGCGUUGCACGCUAAACCCGGAGGAAGUGUGAGGUGUCAGUACUUCCCGGCGGUGGACAAGGUUCUGUUUGUGGACGACUGUGCUGUGGGCUGUCGGAAGGACCUGAAUGGCAUCCUGCUACUGGACACGGCACUGCAGGCCCCUGUGUCCAGGCCCGAGGACAUGGUCCAGCUGGAGCUGCCCGUCACGGAGGCCCAGCAGAUGCUGUACGCAUGCCUGGAGAAGGUGGACAUUUCCAACACGGAGGGCUAUGACCUCUUCCUCACCCAGCUCAAAGAAGGCUUGAAAAAUACCUCACAUGAGACGGCAGCCAAUCACAAAGUGGCCAAGUGGGCAACGGUGACCUUUCACCUCCCUCACCACGUCCUAAAGCUGGUUGCGAGUGCCAUAGUGAAUGAGUUGAAGAAACUGAACCAGAACGUGGGCGCCCUGUCUGUGGCCUCCUCUGUGAUGGACAGGCUCUCCUACCUCUUACCCAGCGGCCGGCCCGAGUUGGGCGUGGGGCCCGGACGCUCUGUAGACAGGUCUCUGAUGUACAGUGAGGCGAACAGGAGAGAGACCUUCACGUCCUGGCCCCAUGCAGGCUACCGCUGGGCCCAGCCAGACCCCAUGGCGCAGGCAGGCUUCUACCACCAGCCGGCGUCCACGGGUGAUGACCGGGCCAUGUGCUUCACCUGCAGCGUGUGUCUGGUGUGCUGGGAGCCAACAGAUGAGCCCUGGUCGGAGCAUGAACGUCAUUCGCCCAACUGUCCAUUCGUCAAAGGGGAACACACGCAGAAUGUGCCACUAUCCGUCACCCUGGCAACAAGUCCCGCCCAGUUCCCCAGCUCUGACUGCUCUGACAAGAUCGCCUGUUAUGGCUUUGGAAGCUGCCCGCACUUCCUCGCCACGGCAACCAAGAUGGGCAAGAUCUGCAUUUGGGAUGUGUCUAAGCUUAUGAAGGUGCACUUGAAGUUUGAGGUGAACCCGUAUGACCCCGUCAUCCUGCGGCAGCUAAUCUUGUCCGGGAGCGAACAACCGAGUGUCUCGGGCUCCGAGUCCCGCAGACCCACCCUCGCCUGGCUAGAGGACACAUCCAGCUGCUCCGACAUCCCCAAGUUAGAGGGGGACAGUGAUGAUCAAUUGGAGGACUCUGACAGCGAGGAACAUUCCAGAUCAGAGUCUGUCACAGGACUGCUGGGCCCUAAGGAAAGCAUAGAAGUGAGUGUGGGUGUGACGGCGCUCAGCAUUCUCCAGCAGCCGGAAAAGCUCCAGUGGGAGGUAGUGGCCAGCGUCCUGGAGGACACCGUCAAAGACUUGGAGGAGCUGGGCGCCAAUCCGGCCCUCUCGCUUGGCCCUGCCAAGCCCGACAAGGCCAAGGACAAGCUAGCAGAGCCCCACAACAUUCCCUUCCCCUGCCUGCUGGCCGGAGGCCUGCUGAGCUACCGCUCAGCGGCUGCCUCCCCCAUGGCCCCGCCCCAGUCCCGUCGCCAACCCAACAGCCCCGUGAGGACUCCCGUUCCUGAGAGUCUCGCGCCCCACCAGGGCCCCAUGGAGAUCGAGAUGUGCGAACCGCCCUCUGAGCUGGGCUCUCCAGGGCCGCCGGCAGGUGCACCCGUGCGCAGGACUAUGCCCGUUCUGCUCCUGUACAGUAUCAAGGAGGCGGACGAGAAGGCGAGCGGCAAGGUUUUUGCCCAGAUGAACAGUCUGAUGGGGAAGGGCUUGCACGAGGAGGGCUUCACCGUGCCACAGAUCAUCGAGAUGGAGUUCGACACGCACGAGCAGCUUCUCCUCCAGGAUCCGCCCAUCACAUACAUACAGCAGUUCGCCGAUGCCGCUGCCGGACUGGGUCCGCCGGACGGUGAGAAGUGGAGCUCUCUGGGGUCAGUGCCUCGGCCAGGCUCCCUGGUGCAGUGCCUGCGUCUCCCCAAAGCCUUGGAGGAGGAGAACUUGUACGUGGACUCCAUCACACCGUGCAGCGACGGCUUGCACCUGCUGGUGGGGCUGCAGCCCUGCUCCGUUGAGUCGCUCAGCGCCAUAAACCAGGUGGAGGCGCUCAACACCCUCAACCGCCUACACUCAGCCCUGUGCGGGCGGAGGAAGGGCCAGGCUCUGGCCAACGGGCAUCAGAGCCAUGCGGGCACCUCGCCACCCCAAACGCCCCUCAUCUUGCCGCCUCCCGACCAGCAGCAGGAGCAGCCUCACGCCUCCAGGCCAUUAGGGGGCAGCGGUGGGGGCGGCUACUUGGCGCUGUACAAGCUGAACUACUCCACACGCGUUGUGACGCUGGAGGAGGAGCCCGUGAAGGUGCAGCAGAUCUGGGACCCUCGCGACGCCAUCACCUCCCUGCUGCUCCUCCCACCUGACGUGCUGGACGCCCGGGAGGACGACGGCGAGGACACGUCCGAGGAGUCCACGCCGUCGGGGGUGAAAAACGGAGCCGGGACUGGGCCCUCCACUGCCGCCGCCCCCAACGCAACGGCAGGCUCCGGGAAGGAGAAGAGGACAGAGGUAACUGGACUUGGCCACCUGGUGGUCACCACGCAGGCAGGGUGCGUCAUGAUCCUCGACCUGUCUACUCUGGAAGUGCUGGCCAAAGUGGAGCCGCCGAGGAAGGAGGGGACGGAUGAGGUGGACCCCUUCGUCUCCGUCACUUACUGCUCUGGAACGGACCGCCUGUGUGUCUGCACUGCAGGUGGAGAGCUUCAUUUCCUUCAAAUUGGAGGUGUGUGUGAUGAUAUUGACGACGCCGACAUUUUUGUCGACGGCCCCGUGUCUAAAGGGGUGGAGCAGCUGCUGGAGGGAGCGAAGGCCUCGUCCAACCCCUCCAGCCCCGGUAUCUCAGGGGUCGACCUCCUGGUGGACCAACCAUUGACCGUGGAGACGCUGUCCUCUCUGGUGGAGCUGACCCGCUUUGAGACGCUCACGCCGCGCUUCUCUGCCACGGUACCCCCUUGCUGGGUGGAGGUGCAACAGGAGCAGCAGCAGAGACGCCACCCCCAACACCUGCAUCAGCAGCACCAUGGAGACGCCGCCCAGCACACACGCACCUGGAAGCUGCAGAGCGACAGCACCAGCUGGGACGAACACGUUUUCGAGUUGGUCCUGCCCAAAGCUUGCAUGGUGGGCCACGUGGACUUCAAGUUUGUGCUGAAUGCCAGUAUUCCUAACAUUCCUCAGAUCCAGGUCACACUGCUGAAGAACAAGGCCCCCGGCUUGGGCAAAGGCAAUGAGUCUGCUGUAGACAGGCAGAUAGCCUUCCCUCUGGCUCACGUGCUGCACGCCAACGGUGAGCGGAACGGACAGCCCUUUCUUCCCGACUUUGGAGAUGACAUCCAGUUCAUGGACAUAGAGGAGACCGCAGGGUCCAGGCUGUGUCCCUUCCUGGAGGACCAUAAAGAGGAUAUCCUGUGCGGGCCCGUGUGGCUGGCCAGCGGCCUUGACCUCUCGGGCCACGCCGGCAUGCUAAGUCUCACUAGCCCCAAACUCGUUAAAGGCAUGGCAGGGGGGAAGUACCGCUCAUUCCUGGUGCAUAUCAAGGCGGUGUGUGAGAAGGGUCCUGAGGAGAGUCCCCGCCGGUUGCUGCGUAUGACCCCUGCUAAGGCCCAGUGCAGCAAGGCCCCUUCUCUCUCCUCCCUGCUUCAGAAGGCUCAGGCCACCAAGGAGAAGGCCUCCACAUCUAAAGUAGACUCUCAGGUUGCUCCUAAGAAGACAGAUAACCUGCGAGGCUGUGACCUGUUGCUGGAGGUGUCCAUCACAGUGCGGAGGUUUAAGAAGACGUCUGUACCCAAAGAGAGAGUGCAGCGCUGUGCCAUGCUGCAGUUCCCUGAGCUGCCUGAGAAGCUGCUAAGGGCACUGUGUCAGCGUGGUGAGGAGGCCCCACCCUCCGAACACUCCCACAGCCUCACCCUGGACAUCCUGUGCUGGCUGGCUGGGGUCUACUCCAACGGCCCCUACAGCUUCCGAGAAGGGAAGGAGGGGCUCCAGACCAAAACCAGGAAGCGCCUCCCCGACAUCAUCCGGGCGUGCUUCUUCCAGGCAGGCCGCAGCGUCGCACACAAAUGUGCCCGCUUUCUCGCACUUUGCAUCAGUAACGGGAAGGGAGAGGCGAGUCAGCAGGGGUUUGGCCAGGCUCUGCUCAGAGCCCUGCUGGACAACAUGCCGUACCUGCCUGCGGCGGCCACUGGAGGUUCGGUCUUCUGGUAUUUCGUCCUGUUGAACUACGUGAAGGACGAGGACCUGGCCAGCUGCAGCACGGCCUGCGCCUCCCUGCUCACCGCAGUCUCUCGCCAGCUCCAGGAGCGUCUCACGCCGCUUGAGGCCUUACUCCAGACCAGGUAUGGCCUUUAUGGUUCCCCGUUCGACCCAGUUCUCUUCGAUCUGGAGGUGAGCGGCUCAUCCUGCAAGAACGCCUACAACAGCAGUGUCAGCUCACAGUCCGACGAGAUCGACCUGUCUGACAUUCUCUCAGGUAACGGUAAGGUUAGUGGCUGCGAGGCUGCUGAAGGCAGCUUCACGGCCCUGACUGGUCUCCUGGAAGUCGAACCUCUGCACUUUACUUGCGUCUCCACUAGUGAUGGCACUAGAGUGGAGAGGGAUGAUGCAAGUAUGUUCACCGUGAGCACAUUUGGCGUGACGCCCACGGUGGCGGGUCUGUCGGCGGGUCCUGUCGGUGAGGCAUCCACAGCCCUGAGCUCAGCUGCUCAGGUGGCGUUGCAGUCGCUCUCCCACGCCAUGGUGUCCGCAGAGCAGCAGCUACAGGUGCUACAGGAAAAACAGCAGCAGUUACUCAAACUACAGCAGCAGAAAGCCAAGCUGGAGGCCAAGUUACACCAGACUACAUCAGCUGCGGCCCAGGCUGCCUCCUCCGUCGGCCCCGUGCACAACUCUGUGCCUCCCAACCCGGCAGGGGCCCCUGGCUUCUUCAUCCACCCAUCUGACGUCAUCCCCCCAACGCCUAAAACCACGCCCCUCUUCAUGACGCCCCCGCUCACGCCCCCAAACGAGGCCGUGUCGGCCGCCAUCGGGGUGGAGCUUGCCCAACUCUUUCCAGGCUCCAUCGUCGAGCCUCUGCCUGUCAACCUCUCUGCUCAGAACAAGAGCACCCACAAAGCCAAGCCGAGCCCGAUGGGCUGCGGGCUGGCGUUGGCCAUCUCCCACGCCUCGCACUUCCUCCAACCUCCUCCACACCAGUCCGUCAUCAUAGAGCGCAUGCACUCCGGUGCCCGGCGCUUUGUGACGCUGGACUUCGGGCGUCCUGUGUUGCUGACGGACGCUCUCAUCCCCACGUGCGCUGACCUCGCCUCUCUCUCCAUCGACAUCUGGACACUGGGUGAGGAGGUGGACGGCCGCAGGCUGGUGGUGGCCACCGACAUCAGCACUCACUCCCUGGUCCUGCACGACCUGCUGCCCCCUCCAGUCUGCAGGUUCAUGAAGAUCACUGUGAUUGGCCGAUACGGCAGCACCAACGCCCGUGCCAAGAUCCCAUUGGGCUUCUACUAUGGCCACACCUACAUCCUGCCGUGGGAGGGCGAGCUGAAGCUGAUGCACGACCCCCUGCGUGGAGAGAGUGAGGCGGCCUGCCAGCCAGACCUGGAGCAACACCUCACCAUGAUGGCUGCCCUGCAGGAGGAUAUCCAGUGCAGAUACAACCUGGCCUGCCACCGACUAGAGACCCUCCUCCAGAACGUGGACCUGCCGCCUCUCAACAGCGCCAACAACGCGCAGUACUUCCUGCGCAAGCCGGACAAGGCGGUGGAGGAAGACUCUCGUGUCUUCUCCGCCUACCAGGACUGCAUGCAGCUGCAGCUGCAGCUCAACCUGGCACACCACGCUGUGCAGAGGCUACGCGUGUCGCUGGGGGCUGGCCGCGCUCGCGCGCCCGACACCCGCGAGCCUCGAGACCUCGUGCACAACUCGUCCACGGAGCAGCUCCGAACCAUCAUCCGCUACCUGCUGGACACUCUGCUCAGCCUGCUGCAUGGCAGCAACGGGCACUGUGUGCCGGCGGUCUUGCGCAGUACCUUCCAUGCCCAGGCGUGUGAGGAGCUCUUUAAGCAGUUGUGCAUCAGCGGGACGCCCAAGAUUCGUCUGCAUGCAGGACUGCUGCUGGUGCAGCUGUGCGGGACAGAGCCCUGGUGGGGCCAGUUUCUCUCCAACGUCCUGCAGGAGCUCUACAACUCUGAGCAGCUGCUCGUCUUCCCACAGGACAGAGUGUUCAUGCUGCUGUCAUGUAUAGGUCAGAGGUCUCUCAGUAACAGUGGAGUGUUGGAGGGGCUGCUUAACCUGCUUGACUCACUGCUGUCCCCCCUACAGCAGCCUUCUGUUUCUCUGCACCGCCGCACUGAAGGUGUGUUGGACAUACCCAUGAUCAGCUGGGUGGUGAUGUUGGUCUCACGCCUGCUGGACUAUGUGGCCAGUGUGGAGGAUGAGGCCUCAUCAACCAAGAAGCACCUCAGCAAAGACAGAGAGAGAAGUUUCACAGGAAACCAGUGGAGCUUUAUCAACAAUAGUCUCCAGUCUCAGAACACCAGCAGGUCGACCAAAGGCAACAGCAGCUUAGACCGCCUGUACUCACGCAAGAUCCGCAAACAGCUGGUGCAUCAUAAACAGCAGCUGAAUUUACUGAAGGCAAAACAAAAGGCCCUGGUGGAGCAGAUCGAAAAGGAGAAGGUCCAAAGUAACAAGGGCUCUUCCUACAAGCUGCUGGUGGAGCAGGCCAAGCUCAAACAGGCCACAUCCAAGCACUUUAAAGACCUGAUCCGUCUGCGGCGCACGGCAGAGUGGCCGCGCUCAUCGCUGGACUCGGAAACGACGGCAUCGGCGUCGGCGGUGAAGGAGACCCCAGAGGUGGAGCCACUGCCUUUCACACUGGCACACGAGCGCUGCAUCUGCGUAGCACAGAAACUCGUCCUCUUCCUCCUCUCCAUGGACUUCACCUGCCAUGCAGACCUGCUCCUCUUUGUAUGCAAGGUGCUGGCAAGGAUAGCCAACGCCACACGGCCCACAAUCCACCUGUGCGAGGUGGUGUCGGAGCAACAGCUGGAGAGGGUCCUUCUCCUGCUGGUGGGGACGGACUUCAACCGCGGGGACAUCAGCUGGGGCGGGGCCUGGGCCCAGUACUCCCUCACCUGUAUGCUGCAGGAUAUCCUGGCAGGCGAGCUGCUGUCUCCAGUGGGUCUGGACGGGUUGGAGGAGGGUGCGGUCAGCGAGGAACCUGGCCCCGCCUCCUCCUCAGGGGGGGCGGACUCUGAUGACUCCCUUCCUCAGGCCACACCCCUCACGCUGGUGGAGACCAUCGAUGAGCCUUUAGGCCCUGAUCUCAUCGCAGGUACUCCCGGGACCUCCUCCGCUUUCCAAAGUGCCCCACCUCUGUCCUCUUUGGAUAAAGAUAAAGACAUAGACUUUGACUUGCUACAGGACCUGAUGGAUGUUGAUAUUGAUCCUUUAGAUAUUGAUUUGGAAAAAGAUCCGCUCGCCGCCAAAGUUUUUAAGCCGAUCAGCAGUACCUGGUACGAUUACUGGGGUGCUGAUUAUGGCACGUACAGCUAUAACCCUUACAUCGGGGGUGCUGGCAUACCCAUCUCCAAACCCCCAGCCACGGUGGAGAAGCCUGGGUCUCAAAGCCUGUCGGUUUCUGUCUCCCAAGCUCUGGACGCUCGUCUGGAGGUGGGUCUAGAACAGCAGGCGGAGCUCAUGCUAAAGAUGAUGGCCACCCUGGAGGCUGACGCCAUUCUACAGGCCCUCACCUCCAACUUACCCGCAGUUCCCCAGGCUGCUAACGGUACAGACGACUCUCUUCUGCGGGGGCUGCACAGUUCCCCCCCGGCCUGUAGCCUGAUGGUACAGCCCUCCUCCAUCCCCAUGCUGAGUGCCUGCUUCAACAAGCUCUUCUCUAUGCUGCAGGUGCACCACGUGCAGCUGGAGUCUCUGCUACAGCUGUGGCUUACUCUCAGCCUGAACUCAUCGUCCGGAGGCACUGAAGAGAGUGGCUCUGACAUCUUUCUUUUCAAUGCCAGCAGAAUACCCACAAUCCCUCUCAACCAAGCCUCUAUCAGCAGCUUCCUGUCUGUACUGGCCUGGUAUCCCAACACGUCUCUGCGUGCCUGGUGCCUGGUGCUACACAGUCUCACUCUCAUGACCAACAUGUCUGCUGUGGGUGUUCAUGAGAGUACAGCCCAACAGAUGGUGUCAGACCCUACGCUUGUGCACGUGCUUGUGCGCUUUCUCUCUGGGAGCAACCCCCACGGCACCAGCCAGCACACCUCUCAGGUGGGUCCCACUGCAACACAGGCUCUGCAGGAGUUCCUCACCAGGCUGCAGGUGCACCUGUCCUCCACCUGUCCACAGAUGUUCAGCGACUUCCUGCUCAAGCUUGUGCACAUCCUCUCCACCGAGCGGGGGCCCUUUCACUCGGCCCAGGGCCCUUUGGAUGCCCAGGUGAAGCUUCUCGAGUUCACCCUGGAGCAGAACUUUGAGGUUGUGUCGGUCAGCACCAUCACGGCAGUCAUUGAGUCCGUUACGUUCCUGGUGCACCACUACAUCACGUGCUCGGACAAGGUGGUGUCCCGGAGCGGCUCGGACAGCUCGGUGGGCGCCCGUGCCUGUUUCGGAGGCCUGUUCGCCAACAUCAUCCGUCCUGGCGACGCCAAGGCCGUGUGCGGAGAGACCACGCGGGACCAGCUGAUGUUUGACCUCCUGAAGUUGGUCAACGCCCUGGUCAUGCUGCCCCUCUCUGGCGACCGCGAGUUCAGCGGGCGCCUCCCCCCCACCGGCAGCGCCGCCUCCGAUAGCGUGUCCGACGAGGAGAAGGUGUGCGGGAGCAAAGAGGGCGGGGCGUCGGGCACUGCCACACAUCAAGGCCCUGCGGUGGGCGUGGCCGACCUGGUGCUGGCCAAUCAGCAGAUCAUGAGUCAGAUCCUUUCUGCCUUGGGGCAGUGCAAUAGCAGCGCCAUGGCGAUGAUUAUUGGUGCCAGUGGGCUUCACCUCACCAAGCACGAGAACUUCCACGGUGGCCUGGACGCCAUCUCUGUGGGUGACGGGCUGUUCACGAUCCUCACCACGCUGAGCAAGCGCGCCACCUCUGUGCACGUCAUGCUGCAGCCCAUCCUCACCUACAUGGCCUGUGGGUACAUGGGCCGGCAGGGUUCUCUCUCCACCUGCCAGCUGUCUGAGCCGCUCCUCUGGUUCAUCCUGAGGGUUCUGGACACCAGUGAGGCACUCAAAGCCUUCCACGACAUGGGUGGCGUUCAGCUGAUCUGUAACAACAUGGUGACGAGUACGCGUGCCAUCGUCAACACGGCGCGCAGCAUGGUGUCCACCAUCAUGAAGUUCCUGGACUCUGGACCCGGAAAAGCGGCCGACGGCAGCCUGAAGGCCCGUGUGCUCGCCUCUGAGCCAGACAACGCCGAGGGCCUCCACAACUUCGCCCCUCUAGGCACCAUCACUUCCAGCAGCCCCACGGCACAGCCGGCGGAGGUGCUGCUCCAGGCCACACCCCCUCACCGCCGUGCCCGCUCCGCAGCCUGGUCCUACAUCUUCCUGCCGGAGGAGGCGUGGUGUGACCUCACCAUCCACCUGCCCGCCGCCGUACUGCUGAAGGAGCUGCACAUCCAGCCACACCUGGCCUCGCUCGCCACCUGCCCCUCCUCCGUGUCAGUGGAGAUCAGUGCAGAUGGUGUAAACAUGCUCCCCCUGUCUGCGCCAGUGGUCACCAGCGGUCUGACCUACAUCAAGAUCCAGCUGGUGCGUGCGGAGGUGGCGUCUGCCGUGUGCCUACGUCUACAUCGCCCACGGGACGCCAGCACGCUGGGCCUCUCUCAGGUCAAGCUGCUCGGCCUCACCGCCUUCGGCAACACGUCCUCGGCCACGGUCAACAACCCCUUCCUGCCCUCGGAGGACCAAGUCUCCAAAACGAGUAUUGGCUGGUUACGGCUGCUCCACCACUGUUUGACUCACGUGUCUGAGCUGGAAGUGAUGAUGGCGAGUGCGGCGGCUCCUACGGCCAACCUGCUGCAAACGUGUGCCGCUCUGCUCAUGUCUCCGUAUUGUGGCAUGCACUCGCCCAACAUUGAGGCCGUGCUCGUCAAGAUUGGCCUGCAGUCUACGCGCAUCGGCCUCAAGCUAAUCGACAUUCUGCUGCGCAACUGUGCCGCCUCCGGCACUGACCUCGCUAAUCUGAACAGCCCCCUGCUCUUUGGAAGGCUGAAUGGCCUCUCCUCCGACUCCACCAUAGACAUCCUGUACCAGCUGGGCACUACCCAGGACCCAGGCACCAAGGACAGGAUCCAGGCACUCCUGCAGUGGGUGCAUGACUCCUCGCAGGUGGCGGCCCUUAAGCGGAGCUCUAUGGCGAGCUUCAUGGUGCCCAGCGUGUCUCGUUCCUGUGAGUAUGGACUCCUCAUGCCGUCACCCUCACACCUGCACUGUGUGGCAGCUGUCCUGUGGCACAGCUACGAGAUGCCCGUUGAAUACGACCUGCCCGCACUGCUGAGCCGCGAGCUGUUUGAGCUUCUGUAUAACUGGUCCAUGUCAUUGCCGUGCAACAUGGUGCUGAAGAAGGCAGUAGACAGCCUGCUGUGCUCCAUCUGUCACAUCCACCCCAACUACUUCUCCCUGCUCAUGUCGUGGAUGGGCCUGGUGGCGCCCCCUGCUGCCCAAACGCAGGCGCAGCGCCGUCUGGCCAUGACGGACGACGGCAAGAAGCAGCACGAGCUCCGCGGAGCUGCGGCGCUGACGGACGACUCCAAGCACGCCCGUGGGCCCACUCCGGUGCCCCCCGCCCUGUCCGAGAGCCAGCUGGCCACGCUGGCAGCUGCCUCCCAGAGCCCUGGGGCCAUCCGGCAGCUGCUGGAGUCGGGUUUGCCCGGACUGCUGGUGCGAGGCCUGGCUGCUCUCUGCUGCAGCCUGCUGGCCGGCGCCGACCUGCCCCUGCCCACCUGCGUGUCGGGGCAGUCCGAGCGCCGCCCGUCUCAGCACAACCAUCCGGCUUCUGCCUUGGCGCCCUCGGCGUCGUCCUGGCCGGGCCGUCUGCCGCUGUGCCCCGAGCUGGCCGCUCCUGUGCUCCGGUUCCUCACGGAAGUGGGCAACAGUCACACGAUGAAGGACUGGCUGGGCGGGGCCGAGGUCAACCCCCUUUGGACAUCGCUGCUCUUCCUCCUGUGCCACUCCAGUGCCAGCGGGGUGGGCACGGGCGGGCACGGAACUUCUUCCAGCACGCCGGCAGGGACGAGGUUCUCGCUGGCAUCUGCAGGGCGUAGCAGUGGGCUGACUACCCAGCAGAGGACGGCCAUCGAGAACGCGACAGUGGCCUUCUUCCUACAGUGUAUCUCCUGCCAUCCCAACAACCAGAGACUCAUGGCACAGGUCCUAUGUGAGCUGUUCCAGUCUGCUCCACAGCGGGGCAACAUUCCGGUCUCUGGGAAUAUCUCUGGCUUUAUCCGACGUCUUUUCCUGCAACUGAUGCUGGAGGACGAGAAGGUCACGGUCUUCCUACAGUCUCCUUGUCCGCUUUAUAAAGGCCGGAUCAACGCCACCAGUCAUGUGAUCCAACACCCCAUGUAUGGAGCUGGACACAAGUUCCGCAAACUCCACCUGCCCAUCUCAACCACGCUGGCCGAAGUACUGGACCGCGUCUCUGACACUCCGAGCAUCACGGCCAAGCUCCUUAAUGAGCAGAAGGAAGACAAGGAGAAGAAAAACCACGAGGAGAAGGAGAAGAUGAAAGCCGACAAUGGUUUCCAGGACAACUACAGCGUGGUGGUGGCCUCAGGGCUGAAGUCCCAGUCGAAGCGGGCUCUAUCCACCCCUCCACGACCCCCCUCCAGGAGAGGCAGAGUGCUGAGUGAUAAGCUGGCGUCGUCUUCAGGGGUCGACUCCUCCGCCAAGACCAUCAGUGUGCCUGUCUUCCAUCUCUAUCACAAACUGCUACCAGGUCAGCCGUUGCCGGCGGAGAUGACCUUGGCCCAGCUGCUCACCUUGCUCUAUGACCGCAAGCUUCCUCAGGGCUACCGCUCCAUUGACCUCACUGUCAAACUGGGGUCAAAGGUCAUCUCUGACUCAGGUCUCUCCAAGACAGACUCCUUCAAAAGACUCCGCACAGAGAAAGAGCACUGUGAGAUGCUGAGCAGCUGUCCGGAGGAUGAGCCCAUGACCCUGAGUGAGGAGUGUGUGGACGCCACAGUGGACGAGUCUCUGCUGGAGACCAGUCCCAUCCAGUCCCCCCUGCAGGUGUUUGCUGGUAUGGGCGGCCUGGCGCUGAUCGCAGAGAGGCUCCCAAUGCUCUACCCUGACGUCAUCCAGCAGGUCAGUGCCCCUGUCGCUCCAACCUCUGCCCCCGAGAAGCCCAAAGACAGUGAUCAGUUUGAGUGGGUCACGAUUGAGCAGUCUGGUGAGCUGGUGUACGAGGCCCCUGAGAGUCUGGCCGCGGAGCCCCCACCUAUCAAGUCUCCUGUGCCCAGCACGUCGCCCAUCCCUGCCCACUCCCUCGCCGCCUUCGGCCUUUUCCUGCGGCUGCCCGGCUACGCUGAGGUGCUCCUCCAGGAACGGAAACACGCCCAGUGUUUGCUCCGACUGGUGCUCGGCGUCACUGACGACGGCGAGGGAAGUCAUAUCCUUCAGUCUCCGUCAGCAAACGUCUUGCCCACGCUGCCCUUCCAUGUUCUCCGCUCCCUCUUCAGUGCCACACCCCUCACCACGGAUGACGGCCUCGUUCUGCGUCGCAUGGCACUGGAGAUCGGUGCCGUACACCUUAUCCUGGCCUGCCUCUCUGCCCUGAGCCACCACGCCCCCCGCGUGCCCAACGGCGGUGCCAGCCAGAGCGAGCCGCAGGUGUCCAGCGGGCACGGUGGGGGCACCACGGAGGAGCAGCAGCUGUACUGGGCAAAGGGCACGGGCUUUGGCACGGGCUCCACGGCCUCGGGAUGGGACGUGGAACAGGCACUCACCAAACAACGGCUGGAGGAGGAGCAUGUAACUUGUCUACUGCAGGUGUUGGCGAGCUACAUUAACCCUGCAGGGUGUGUGGGUGCAGUGGAAACCCCCUCGGUGGAAGGCAGGGGUCACAACAGUGCAGCUCUGCCCUCAGUCCUGCAGGAGCUCCUGAGCCAGUCCUGUCUCAUCCCCGCCAUGUCCUCCUAUCUCCGCAACGACUCCGUGUUGGACAUGGCCCGUCAUGUACCUCUGUACCGCGCUCUUCUCGAGCUCCUGAGGGCCCUCUCCACCUGUACGGGCCUCGUCCCACUGCUGCUGCCUCUCUCAGGAGACGCCGGCGAGGAAGAUGAGGAUGAAGAGCGCUGUGAGAGCCCGGCCUCAGUGGGCAUGCUGUUGGCCAAGAUGAAGACCUGCGUAGACACCUACACCAACCGCCUCAGAUCAAAGAAAGACAAGAGUAAAGCGGUGAUGAAGACAGAGCCAUCUGACCCAGAGCCCGAGGGCCUGACUCUGCUCGUCCCCGACAUCCAGAAAACGGCUGAGAUCGUCUACGCUGCCACCACCAGCCUGCGCCAAGCAAACCACGAGCGGAAGAUGGCAGAGUGUUCCCGGAAGGCGGUGGCGAGACCCAAACCUCUGUCUGUCCUGCGCUCUCUGGAGGAGAAGUAUGUCUCUGCCAUGAAGAAGCUCCAGUUUGACACAUUUGAGAUGGUGUGUGAGGAUGAAGACUCAAAGCUGGUGUUUAAGGUGAACUACCACUACAUGUCUCAGGUGAAGAACGCCAGUGAUGGCAACAGCGCAGCGCGGGCGAGGCGAUUGGCCCAGGAAGCUGUCACUCUCUCCACUUCCCUCCCCCUCUCCUCCUCCUCCAGCGUAUUUGUCCGCUGUGAUGAAGAGCGCCUUGACAUCAUGAAGGUGUUGAUCACGGGGCCGGCGGACACGCCCUAUGCUAACGGCUGCUUCGAGUUUGACGUGUACUUCCCACAGGACUAUCCCAACUCGCCCCCGCUGGUCAACCUGGAGACCACGGGGGGUCACAGCGUUCGCUUCAACCCCAACCUCUACAACGACGGCAAGGUGUGUUUAAGCAUUCUGAACACCUGGCAUGGGCGCCCCGAAGAGAAGUGGAACCCCCAAACCUCAAGCUUUUUACAGGUGCUAGUGUCUGUACAGUCUCUGAUCCUCGUGGCAGAACCGUACUUUAAUGAGCCGGGUUACGAGCGGUCGCGUGGCACUCCCAGUGGUACCCAGAGCUCGCGGGAAUAUGAUGGGAACAUCCGGCAAGCCACUGUCAAAUGGGCCAUGCUGGAGCAGAUCCGGAACCCUUCAGCCUGCUUUAAAGAGGUGAUCCAUAAGCACUUCUACCUGAAGCGAGCUGAGAUCAUGGCUCAGUGUGAAGACUGGAUCUCUGAUAUUCAGCAGUAUAGCAGCGACAAGAGGGUUGGACGCACCAUGUCCCAUCAUGCAGCGGCACUCAAGAGGCACACAGCUCAGCUAAGGGAAGAGCUGCUGAAGCUUCCUUGCCCAGAAGGCCUGGAGCCAAACGGAGAGGAGUUUCCAGAGAAAAGCUCCUCCCUCAUGGUGAAGGAGCUGUCUGAGCAGGAGCCAGAGAAGCAGAGUGACAGUCAAGAGGCCCAAUGCAGUGAUGGGCAGCUAUGAGCCCCGCCCCCACCCAAGAAACCCCGCCUUCCCCGACACGCCUCCUUAUUUCCACUGGUAUCACAGACUUGAUGGCUUCAGUGCUGAAGUCGACAUUUUGUCAAUAUUUGUAUGUAAGAAUCUAAUUAUGUAUUAGCAUAAAAUGAGAGGAAAAUAAGCAAAAUCAGAAGUACAUACAAAAACAACAGAAAAGAGGACUGAUCUCCUGACGUUAUGCUACACCCUUAAGAAAACAGUGGACAAACUCCAUCUUUUAUUUACCUGUAAAAGAGUGUAAACUUUUUUUGUGCUUUUUUUCCAAUUGUGAAAUAACCACUGAUUGCUAUGUUAUUAAACUUAUGUACACAUAAUUACAGAAGAAUCGGUAUAUAUGAGGGAACUGAGACGAAUGUUUGCUGACUGAGUCCCCCCACACACCCCUGAGGAAGAUAUCGGUCAAUCUUUAAGGAAACUAUUUAAAUAUCAAACCCACAUGCCCACAUCUACCUUCUGGAAACCUCCGGUUCCCCAGCGACACGCUACUUUGAUUUCUACAAAACUCCUGUAAACUUCAAUAAAGGCUGCGAUGGAGAUUCUUAAUCACUAUGGUUACUGAAUACUGUUGUACAGGCUGUUCAAAUCAUACUUUUUUGCCUCUCACUAAUUUUAAAUGCAAGUUUAAUAAAUGCAACCUGUUUUACUUUGCUCGGA